AGGAAGGAGGCGCUUCGCGCUUUGACCCUCGGCGCCGCCCGUCGCAGAGAUAGAGCGGGAAAGUCUGACCCAUCAGUGGAGCGCCUGCCGGGGCUGUCCGCAGUGAUGGAGGAGGUGGAGGCUGAGGAGCAGGAGGAGUUCUCUCACCGGCAGAGGCUGAAGGCAGCGGUUCACUACACGGUCGGCUCUCUCUGCCAGGAGGUUGCGCUGGACAAACAGGUGCACUUCAGCAAACAGACCAUUGCAGCCAUCUCCGAGGUGACUUUUCGACAAUGCGAAAGCUUUGCCAAAGACCUUGAAAUGUUUGCCAGGCACGCCAAAAGAAGUACAGUCACCACUGAAGACGUGAAGCUCUUAGCGAGGCGGAGUAAUUCACUGCUGAAAUACAUUACAGAGAAGAAUGAAGAGAUUGCCCAGCUUAACCUGGAACGAAAGGCCAAGAAGAAAAGAAAGACGGAGGAUGAAAACAGGAGCUCUAGGGAGCUGGGUACUGAAGAGCUGGGCAGUGAAAGCUGAGCCCUGGCCACUUGGAAGGGGCGCUUUCAGCGGGAAGCAGUGCACCCCACGAGGUUGGCCGCAGGGAUAAGUACAGACAUUCUUAAGAAAGAUCCCAAGCGGAUGGGCAGCUUUCCAUUCGGCCUGUUUGAAGUCAUUCUCAUUCUCGGCAGAAGCUUAAAAGCUGGGAAUUCCUGCAAAGCCACCCCUAUGCUUUACCUGGCACGCGAAAGGCUUGCGCUUGGGUGGCACACCGUGACUUAGUGACUGGUAAAAUGGGUUAGCAGUCAGACGUGCUGGCUGUUGUGGGGUGAGCUUAUGGAAGGGUGAAUAAAGCUGUGUUUGCUGGCU